CACUCAGAGAAUCAGCCAAUCCUUUUGGGACCCAGUCUACCCAUUUAUUGAUCCAUUGACUGAUCUAUAUCCUUUUCUUGGAGGAGGAAAGAAGAGGCCAUGUCUUCCCCGGGACUGACCAGCGAGGAUCUCUCCCUCAAUGACAACUUCGCCUACGAUGACAACUGGUACAUGUACGGACCAAUGGCAGAGCAAGACGACAUGACACCUGAAAUUAUCCCGGACUGCUACCCAACCAUCCCUUUGGAUAUCUAUCACGCCUGCAUGGCCCCAGUCUCGUUGAUCAUUCUGCUGAUUCUCUCUCUCUUGGUGAAGCGCAAGAAACUCUACCAAAGUUGUUGGAAUGGAGCUCCUGGACUGUUGAGUCCUGUGCACUUCUUGGAAGAAGAAGGAAGCCGUGGCCCCUCGGUCGCCGUCUUCGGCAUCCUCUUCUCCUCCUUGUGUGUCUUGGUUCUGGAUAAGGACCCUCUGCCAUUCAUCUCCGAGUCUUCCACACAGUCUCGAGAGUACUGGAAGAUCCUGGCUUUGCUCUAUUACCCUGCCUUCUACUACCCCUUACUUGCAUGCGCUACCGUCCGACACAGAGCCGGGUCCCUCUUGGGCUGCUUGCUGUCCUGGUGCCACGGCGUGGUUUACCUCUGGCAGAAGGUGGAGUGCCCUCAGUCGCCCAAGAUUUACAGAUACUACUCGCUGCUUUCGUACCUCCCGAUCCUUUUGUGCCUCUUCUUUCUGAGCCUUUGGUAUCCGGCGCAGCUUGUCAAGAGCUUCAAGCAAAAGCAGAAGGUGGUUGCCGAGGAGGAACCUUGGAGCGACUAUUGCAAAGACUACCUGAAGACUAUCUUGGCAAAACGGCCACCGAAAAGAAGUAGCAGUAUAGCCAAGCCGAGCAUCCGCUCAAGGCUCCAGGAUUACUUGCGUUCUUAUGUCUACACACCUCAAGAAGACUUCCAGCUCCCCUUGAAACUGGUCCUCUCCUUGGCCAUGGCUGUGAUUGCUGUCUAUCAGGUGGCCCUUUUGCUCCUGGUGGCCUUUGUCCCCAACAUCCAGAUUGUGAGGUCUGGGAUGACCAAGGAGCUGACCGCUCUCUUUGUCCAGUUUGGGCUGGUGCCUUCGGAGAAUCCUGCCGGGAUCCCUGGAGACAAAGAGCUGGCCACAGCAAAGCAUUACAUCUGGUCCGUAGAAGUGUGCUUUGUGGCCUCGCUGGUCAUCUCCUGCCUCUUGACCUUCUGCAUGUUGAUGAAGUCGCUGGUGAAACAUAGGAUUAAUCUCCGCUUUCUGUACCGAGGGGCAGUCCUGGACAUUUUCCAUCGUCCCCGCAAACUCCAGGCAUCCCAGCAGGCCCUGGUGUGCUGGAUGUGUUUUGCUGGCUUCCAGACUGCAUUCUCCUGCCUGGGCCUCCUCAUCCAGCACAUUGUCUUCUUCGUCUCCACCGUGGCCUUCACGUUCCUGGUGGCCAUCCCCUUACAGUCCGGCACCAACGUCCACCUCUUCAAAAUUGUGGAAAAUAUGUGGCCUUUCUGGUUGACUUUGGUGGUGGCUGUGAUUGUCCAGAACCUCUUGGCUCAGUAUUCCUUCCUUGACCGCAACUGUCUACCUAAGGAGCUGAACAACAGACGGGCUUUGUACGUGGUGACCUUCCUGCUCUUCCCCAUCAACGUGCUGGUGGGGGUCUUGGCCGGGGGCUGGAGGCUGGUGGUGUCUGCGCUUUACAACGUCGUCCACUUCUGUCGCCUGGACGUGAGCCUUCUGGGCCAUGGGGUCGAGGUCUUUGAUCCAGGCUACCGCACCUAUUGUUACUAUUUGAAGAUCGAGGUCAGCCAGUCCCACCCGCUGCUGAAAGCCUUUUGCUUGCUGCUCCUCCAAAGGCACCAUCCCGCCGGGUCAACGUCCUCCCAGCCGAGAGAAGUGGAGGAAGGGGUCAAGCUCAUGAAGACCAAGACGCAGGCCUCCAAGACGGGCAAGUGCCAGCAGAACCGUGCCCGGUGGGGCCUGGCGUACACCCUCCUCCACAACCCUUCCCUUCUGCCCCACCGGAAAGGGGCGCUCUCCAAUGCCACGGCCAACGGGAUGAAAGCCAACCUUGCCAAGCCUUGACGGCUGAUAGGAAACCAUGGACUUGGCCACUGGGAAGACGGACCGUGCCUUUCCUUGUGUUCCCAUCCUUGUGUCCCUCUUUCCCGUUGGCAGCUGGCUCUUCUGCACGCCUUCUUGUCCUACCACGAGAGCGUGGCCAACAAAACUGGAGACAAGAGCAUCAGAAGGAUUGCAGAGCCAAAGGCAGGAAGCAAUAGCUGGCCAUAGUUCUCUUCUUCCUUCCCUACAGGUUCUUCACCAACGAGUGCCUCUCUUUCUCUCUUUUUUGACUGUCGUGUAGAUGACUUUCUUGGCCGUGGAGGCCGGUAGAAUUGUUCAGUUGCUAGUCUUCUUGGAGAUAUGUCUCUUCAAUCAGGAUGGUUUGGCAUUAUGAAUCGAGAAGGAAACGAUCAUGACAAGACUGUUGGUUGCAACCACACCACAGAAUCUAAUAUUGGAAACAGAAGUGUGGACAAUGGGUUUCCUUUUGGUGGUCAAGAGGCAGAUAAUGUAGGAGCAAAUGACGCAAAGAGAGUCUGAAUCGACUGUUUUACUUUUUUUGAACUCCAACUCAGCUACGUUUAGCAAGGUAGGCGCCAUUUUUCGAAAAUGCCUGAAAGAAUGAAUCCUAUUAAACAUGGUGAGCAGGACAUUUCAACAUGGAAGGUGGGAGAGAUAUGUCAAUCGGCUUCAAUCACGAUGUUUGACUCAUUCCUCACGGGGAAGGCUAAAAGCAAUCUUUCCCUUGAGCUUGGAAAUGUUCCUUUGUGAUGUUACAAUUCCCAGUUUCCCCAUGAUUAGCAACCAUGAGGGUGGAGGAUUCUGGGAGCUGUAGUCCACUUCUUUUCCGAGCUUCCUCGCUUGAUGAUCUCAAGGAGGGUUGCCCGUGGUUCCUUCCUAGGCCACCUGCACUCCUCCACUUUGACUUCCUUUCUCAACAAUUCCUUGAUAGUAGGAGCUGGGAAAGUCCGCUCCGGAAACAGCCAGAUGAACGCAAUUGUAGAAUGCAGAGAGUUGAUCUCUUCUGGUGAAAAUAAUAAUAAAUGAAAUUGUGACCAA